AUGUGUGACGACGACGUUGCAGCCCUGGUAGUCGACAAUGGAUCGGGAAUGUGCAAAGCAGGAUUCGCAGGGGACGAUGCCCCACGAGCUGUAUUCCCUUCCAUCGUCGGAAGACCUCGAUAUCAGGGGAUUAUGGUCGGUAUGGGCCAGAAAGAUAGUUACGUGGGGGACGAGGCCCAAAGCAAAAGAGGUGUUCUAACCGUCAAGUACCCGAUCGAGCACGGUAUCGUGACAAAUUGGGACGACAUGGAAAAGAUAUGGCACCAUACGUUCUACAACGAAUUGAGAAUCGCCCCCGAGGAACACCCCGUUCUUUUAACGGAGGCGCCGUUAAAUCCCAAAGCUAAUCGGGAAAAAAUGACGCAGAUUAUGUUCGAAACGUUUAAUUCCCCGGCGAUGUACGUCGCCAUACAAGCGGUUUUAUCGCUUUACGCUUCGGGACGCACCACGGGCAUUGUAUUAGAUAGCGGUGACGGAGUAUCGCAUACAGUACCGAUUUAUGAGGGGUAUGCUUUACCGCACGCAAUUUUGCGUAUGGACUUGGCUGGCCGUGAUUUGACGGACUAUCUAAUGAAAAUCUUAACCGAGAGAGGGUACUCCUUUACAACGACCGCGGAGCGUGAAAUUGUUCGAGACAUUAAAGAAAAAUUAUGUUACGUUGCUUUAGACUUUCAGCAAGAAAUGGCCACGGCGGCCGGUUCGAGUGCUCUGGAAAAGAGCUACGAGUUACCGGAUGGCCAGGUGAUUACUAUUGGUAACGAACGAUUCCGAUGCCCGGAAGCGAUGUUCCAGCCAAGCUUCCUGGGCAUGGAAUCGUGCGGUAUCCACGAAACCACCUACAACUCGAUUAUGAAAUGCGAUGUCGACAUUCGCAAGGAUCUGUACGCGAAUUCAGUGUUGUCGGGCGGCACCACUAUGUAUCCAGGUAUCGCGGACAGAAUGCAAAAGGAAAUAACGGCAUUGGCACCAUCCACGAUGAAGAUCAAGAUAAUCGCGCCUCCGGAAAGGAAAUACUCGGUCUGGAUCGGUGGUUCGAUCUUGGCUAGCUUAAGUACGUUCCAACAAAUGUGGAUCUCGAAACAGGAGUACGACGAAUCAGGACCGUCCAUCGUGCAUAGAAAGUGUUUCUAA